UCUUCAGCUAAUGGAACGUGUGCAUCAUCGACGCUACUAUUAGUAUCAUUUGGCAAGGCAUACAACAGAAUUUGCUAAAAUUUGAAACCACACAAUGGAAGACGCCAUUGGAGAGGGUUCCAGCUUCGUCAUCGGGAUCAUUGAAAAUAGAGCCAAAGAGGUUGGACUAGCUGCUCUUGAUUUAAGGUCCGCGUCCUUGCAUCUAUCUCAAUAUAUUGAAACUAGCAGUUCAUAUCAAAACACAAAGACGUUGCUCCAUUUCUAUGAUCCCAUUGUGAUCAUUAUUCCUCCAAACAAGUUAGCAUCCAAUUCCGCAGCUGCAGUUACAGAAUUGGUUGAUAGAUUUUAUGCAUCAGUCAAGAAGGUAGUUUCAGCCCGCGGUUGUUUCGAUGACACAAAGGGUGCUAUCCUAGUAAAGAACCUAGCUACUAAGGAGCCUUCAGCACUUGGUCUGGACACGUAUUACAAGCAGUAUUAUCUAUGCUUGGCGGCCGCGGCUGCCACUAUUAAGUGGAUGGAAGCAGAAAAAGGGGUCGUUGUUACAAAUCACUCGUUAUCAGUCACCUUUAAUGGAUCGUUUGAUCACAUGAAUAUUGAUGCAACCAGUGUUCAAAAUUUGGAAAUUAUUGAACCAUUUCACUCUGCCUUAUUGGGAACUAGCAACAAGAAGAGAAGUUUGUUUCACAUGCUAAAGACAACUAAAACUACUGGAGGGACUAGGCUCCUCCGUGCCAAUCUGUUGCAGCCACUAAAAGACGUUGAAACAAUCAAUGCUCGUCUUGAUUGCCUGGAUGAAUUGAUGAGCAAAGAGCAACUAUUUUAUGGUCUCUGUCAGGUUUUGCGUAAAUUUCCAAAAGAGACUGAUAGGGUAUUAUGCCAUUUCUGCUUUAAGCCAAAGAAAGUUACAAACGAGGCCUUGUCAGUUGACCAUGCUAAAAAGAGUCAAGUGCUAGUAUCGAGUGUUAUUCUCCUUAAAACUACUUUGGAUGCCCUUCCUCUACUAUCAAAGGUGCUUAAGGAUGUGGAAAGUUUACUUCUUUCAAAUAUCUACAAGUCAGUUUGUGGAAACGAGAAAUAUGAUCUUAUUAAAACAAGGAUAGGGGAUGUUAUUGAUGAAGAUGUGCUUCAUGCCCGUGUUCCUUUUGUUGCUUGUACUCAGCAAUGCUUCGCUGUUAAGGCUGGGAUUGAUGGUCUCUUGGAUAUUUCGCGAAGAUCAUUCUGUGACACCAGUGAAGCUAUCCACAAUCUUGCAAACAAGUAUCGAGAGGAUUUCAAGUUGCCGAAUUUAAAGCUUUCCUAUAAAAACAGGCAGGGAUUUCACUUUGUUAUACCACAGAAGAACAUUCAAGGAAAACUUCCAAACAAGUUUAUUCAGGUCGUAAAACAUGGGAACAACAUUCAUUGCUCAACUUUGGAACUAGCAUCUUUGAAUGCUAGGAAUAAAUCUGCAGCAGCAGAAUGCUAUACCAGAACAGAGAUUUGCCUUGAAGAACUAAUGGAUUUCAUCCGGGAGAAUGUCUCUGUGUUGACACUGCUUGCUGAGGUCUUGUGCUUGCUAGAUAUGAUUGUGAAUUCCUUUGCUCAUAUGAUAUCCACUAAGCCUGUCGACCGAUAUACAAGACCAGAAUUUACUGAGAACGGACCAAUGGCAAUUGAUUCUGGUAGGCACCCAAUUCUAGAGAACAUACACAAUGACUUCGUUGCCAAUAACAUAUUUCUUUCUGAAGCCUCAAAUAUGGCGAUAGUGACAGGCCCCAACAUGAGUGGAAAGAGCACGUACCUUCAACAAGUGUGCCUCAUAGUUAUUCUUGCUCAAGUUGGAUGUUACGUGCCUGCUCGGUUCUCAACUCUAAGGGUAGUUGAUCGAAUGUUUACAAGGAUGGGAGCAGUUGAUAAUCUUGAAUCAAACUCUAGCACGUUUAUGACAGAGAUGAAGGAGACGGCUUUCAUAAUGCAGAAUGUCUCACAAAGAAGUCUGAUUGUUAUGGAUGAACUUGGGAGGGCCACUUCGUCUACUGAUGGAUUUGCAAUUGCAUGGAGUUGCUGCGAGCAUCUUUUGUCACUCAAAGCGUAUACCAUAUUUGCCACUCAUAUGGAGAAUAUAUCAGAAUUAGCAACGAUUUAUCCAAACGUGAAAAUUCUUCACUUUCAUGUUGACUUGAGAAACAACCAUUUAGAUUUCAAGUUUAACCUUAAGGAAGGACCAAGACAUGUCCCACACUAUGGCCUUCUCUUAGCAGAAGUGGCAGGACUACCAAGUUCGGUUAUUGAGACAGCCAGAAUGAUCACCUCCAAGAUUAUAGAAAAGGAAGUGACGAGGAUGGAACUAAAUUGCUUGCAGCAUCAUUCAGUACAGAAGGCUUACCUGGUUGCACAGCGCCUAAUAUGCCUCAAAUAUUCCAAUCAAGAUGAGGAGAUGAUUCGCCAGGCGUUGUCGAAUCUUAAAGAAUGCUACCUCGAGGACAAACUUUAGAGUUUGCUUGGUUUAUUCAAUCUAUUCGCGUGUGAAUAUUCAUUAUUCAAUAUUUUUGUUACCCAUGAUCACAUCCAGUGUCAUUUGAAUUCCUCGGACAAAUUCGGACUUUGCUAUACAGUAAAA